UCUUCAGUCACUUCUCGCGUUUCCUGGCCGUUGCUCUCAUUCGGAAAAGAUGGCAGGAGCGGGAGGCGCGUUAGCCUGUGGAGUUCUCACAGCGGCUCUCUUAUGUUCGGCGGUUUCUGCCUAUGUGGAGGACCUAGAUGACAAGUUCAAAGACAACAGAAUGGAUGACGUUUGGCUGGUGGAUUUCUAUGCCCCCUGGUGUGGGUACUGCAAGAAGCUGGAGCCAAUCUGGUUUGAAGUAGGAGCAGAGCUGAAGAACUCUGGAUCCCCGGUCAGAGUGGGCAAGAUGGACGCCACUGCAUACUCUGGCAUGGCAUCAGAGUUUGGUGUACGGGGAUAUCCAACAAUAAAGCUGCUAAAAGGGGAGCUAGCCUAUAAUUACAAGGGUCCCAGGACCAAGGAUGACAUCAUUGAGUUUGCUAACCGAGUGGCAGGGCCCGCGGUGCGAUCCCUCCCAAGCAAACAGAUGUUUGAGCAUGUCCUGAAGAGGCACGACGUGUUGUUCGUGUACGUAGGGGGAGAGUCUCCGCUCAAGGAGAAGUACAUCGACGUGGCCUCCGAGCUCAUUGUUUACACCUACUUUUUCUCGGCCUCUGAAGACGUCUUACCGGAGUCUGUGACUUUUCCUGAACUGCCCUCAGUAGUUGUCUUCAAGGACGGCAGCUACUUCACUUAUGAUGAGUACGAAGAUGGCAGUUUAUCUUCAUGGGUGAACAGGGAACGUUUCCAGAGCUACCUGCAGAUUGAUGGCUUCACACUCUACGAGCUGGGAGAGACUGGUAAAUUGGUGGCAAUUGCAGUCAUUGAUGAUAAGGAUCCAACAGAGGAAAGCACAAGGUUAAAGGGUCUCAUACAGAGAGUCUCCCGCGAGUACAGGAACGACUUCAACAGGGAUUUCCAGUUUGGCCAUAUGGAUGGUAAUGACUACAUCAACAGUCUCAUCAUGGGCGAGGUGUCUGUGCCGUCCAUCAUCAUUCUCAACACAUCCAAUGAGCAGUACUUCCUGCCCAGUGAGCCGGUGGAGAGUCUGGAGCAACUGGUCCAUUUCAUUAGGAGCGUUCUGGACGGCUCGGCUCAGGCCCAUGGAGGAGAUGGAAUAUUCCAGAGAAUUAAGCGCGUGGCCUUCGAUGCCAGAUCAACGGUCAUGUCCGUGUUCCGCAGUUCUCCAGUGUUGGGCUGUUUCCUCUUCGGCCUCCCAUUAGGCGUCAUUAGCCUCAUGUGCUACGGGAUCUGCACGGCCGAGUCCGACGACGGCGCCGAAGACAUGGAGCUGAUGAAGAGAGAGGGGCUGACUGACGAGGAGGAUGAGGAAGAUGAAGAAGAGGAGAGACGCCGCCAGGCCGGCAAGCUGGAGGGACCUGCAGAGGAGGAUGAGGGAGAGGAAGAGGUGGAAGAAAAGAGUGCCACAGAGAAAAAGCUUGAUUAACACAGGAGAGAGGCGUGUGAAUGAAUGUGAACAAAUGGGAGGAUGAUGAUAACAGUGACCGAAACCUUAAACACAUAUCUGUGGGUUUUUGAGCCACUCCUGCUCUCCAGGGGAUCUGCUUUGGCACAUUUCUUAGAAUGUUUCUUUUUCAGUCAUUUUUCUUUUUCUAUUUAUAAGAAUUAGAACUGUAGUUUCUGUAAAGGUCUUUAAAAUAAUACAUGUUCCAAGCUGUUGUUUAGUUUAAGGGUUGUGAAUGAUUAUUGUUCUUGGGGUGGGAAGGGAAAUUAAGCCAAAUAUUUGGACUAAGUGACUUUAAAAAAAUCUUAAUGGCCAUCUUUCAUAGCUUAUCCUGUUUAAUCGCCUAUUUAGAGCAGUGCUAGAUAAGCCCCCAGUAAACUGUGCACCUUGCUCCCGUCUUUUGUACAGCUCUGUUCGAAAUAGAAUCUUUUUUCUGUAGGUUUUAGCUUUAGGUUUGCAUAAUUUCAGUCUAUUUUUUUUUUGUUUUGUUGCCAAGUAUAACUGGAUUUCUUUCUUUUUAUAUAAUAAAAGUACACUGGUGCAGAGAUACCCUUCAAAAUACCCUCUCAUUCUGAUCUUCUUUCAAUCCUGACCAGGUCUUUAAAUCACAAUCACUGUCAGCCACUGUAAUCAGCUGGAAAACCACUCAAUCUUACAUUCAAGCUUCAAUCCAGCACCGCUGAUUAGCAUCGGUUCUCGGCCAGUAGUUUGGUGUGUCCAUGCUCUACAUCACGUGAACAAAUGGCCAAAUUUAACCCUUUCAGGAGUACAGGAUUAGAGAUGCUUUGUGAUGUUGGUCAGAACAGGUGCAUUAUUACAUUAUUUUGAGAGUAUUGAGGGGGUCAGAGUUGGUUUAAUGUGGUAGGUUAAUGUUCUUUUCACUCCUUUUUCCAGUUUCCUUAACUGACAAGUCAUGACUUGAAAUAAAUUGGACAUUAUACUAACUAUUUAUGUGUUUGGUGCCUACCUAGAUCAUGUUGGCUCCACAGAGGCCAGUAUGAAACUGAUAGCAGAUUCUUAAAGCUUUUCAUAGGUCAUUACUUUUUUUUUAUAGUUCAUACUCAAGUUUACGGUCAGGGCUAAGCUAAUUUCUGAAUCUGCUUAAUGACCCUACCUAGUUGGAAUCUAAGCUAAGCUUUUUGACCAAUGAGAAGACAGAUACAGAAAUCCUGGUUUAAUAAAGCAAUUAAAUCAGUUGUGCCAGAGGCAUUGAUUAAUCUGUGUAAUAAUGUUUUAAAAUUACAGCUCAGUUAGCUCUCUUACACACAACCUUCUUAAACGAAUAGUUCGGUUCACUCUAAAUCUGAGGCUAAUUCUGAUUACAAGAGCUUGGUACAUUACAGUCAUCAUCAUCACUGUCAGAACAAAAACAUGUACUGUAUCUCCUUUUUUUGGUGUUUCGUUUCAUUGCAAGCUUUUCUUUACACUGUACAAAACAAAUGGUCCAAAAUGCAGUAAAAGUGCUUUAAAUAAUGGCGCUGUUCCCUGCUAAUAGCUACUGUUACGUUUUACCUUAUUGAUGAUAAAAGUUCUCUUGACAUCUCCAUCUUUUUAUUUAUCUUUGAUCUGUUCUUAAUUAUGUGCUUUCGACUUCCCUGAUUUGUUAAUCUGGACAUUUUGUUCAUUUUCAGCACAUUGAGAGAGAUCACAUUUCUCUCUGUUCGUUGGCUCCUUUUUUCCCCCAAAAAAAUAUUUUUUACCCAAAUACUCCUAAUACUUUUUACCUAUUUUACAGUUUUUUUAAUCCCCUUAUUUUCGCAGAUUGUUAAAUUCCAUGACUCUCAUGCGGAAAUCAUACUCUACCAUAUAUAUAUAUAUAUAUAUAUAUAUAUAUAUAUAUAUAUAUAUAUAUAUAUAUACUCCUCUCUAAAUGUAUUGGAUCAGUCAGUCCAAUCCCUUUAUUACCCAUUUCUGCUGUAGACUGUCAACAUUUGGUUUUGACAUUCAGAAGAAAUAAAUGUACUAGCUUACUGUUCUAAUACUUUUGAAGGGGAGCAUAGAUCUGUUUAAAAACUCUCCAUUUUCUCCAUCUCGUUCUCUCUCUGUAUCGACAGUCAUUAAAUAUAAUCACUAUUUAUGAAGCCUAUAUUGGUGCAACAUAUUUUGAACAUUAAAAGAAAUUGUUUUUUGGAUGCCAGUGUUGCUUAUAAGUGUUUUUUUCUUUGUCCCGGGACAAUUUGAGGCAGAGAGAUUUAAUUUCCAUAUUUGCAAUACAAACAUACUCAAUUAAACGUGCACAAAGAAUUUCUGGAUUUUCUAAAUUUUUAAUGAAAAUCAAUCCUAAAAUUCCUAAACCGCAUGAAGCAGCUUAACAUGGGUAAUAGCGCUGACAUUUGACUUCACUUCUGAGUAGUAGAUGCUAAUUACUUUGGAAUACAUUUGCAAAUACAGAAACGUGUGAUUUUUUUUUUUUUUGUAAAUUAAAGAGUAACCUCCUGAAUUUCUUUUUCAAUUAUUUUGGAGCGUUUCUCAUAUUUGACUUGACUUUGGGUCUCUGAUGUUUCCCAUUGUACAAAUCUUUAAUCCUGCAUUCUGAAAAUGACUGUCUGGGUGAUGGCUUUAUGAAGUGUUUGUCUAGUCAGAAUUUAAUGUUUGCCAGGUUGGGAAUGAAUUCUGUCGUGCAAAGUGUGUAGCCGUUUAAUAUGAUAUAUUUUUUUUUUACUUUCAGCAGACCAGUGACAAGCAAUCAGAAUAAAAUGUUUAGAAUUGAUUUUUAGCUCGAAUUUCAGUGUGUGGGUGAGGAUAUCUGCAGUCCUCCAGCUCACACUGAGUUUAGUGGUUUGAAAUAGUCGGCCUCUCCCUGAGGUAAUAUAACCUGCAAUGCACUGCGAAUAAGAGAUGUUUACUCUGUGCACUGAACACAUCCACAGCGUGAUGCAGACAGUGAGGUCAAAAUACAGGAACUGUUUUGCCAAAAAUGUUUUUUUUUUUUUUCUCUUUUGUUGAAAAAUGAACAAUAGGUUUUGCACUGUUUUUUCUUUUGUACUUUUGAGUUUUGUAAUCAGUUCAAAUGACUAAUGUUGCAAACAAGUCUCUAGUUAGCUUCUUAAUAAUUCAGAAAUUAUCAGUUUAGAAGGGAUUCAGUAUAAAGAUUAAUAAAACUAUACAGUGACAUCAGCAGUGAUCAAAUUCUCUGUAGCUGUGAAAUGAGGAGAAGAAAAUAUAUUUUAAACAUUGUAAGCAAGACGAAGUGAUGCAGAUAUCAAGCUUUAUAAAUACCCAGACUUAUUAAACCAUGCCGCAACAAUGUCUGUUGGAUAAUGUAUCAGAGCUGGGGAUCCGACGAUUUCCUCUAAGCAUAUUGGCUUCCUAGUGAUGCUGAAUUUGAUGACAGUUUAAAAACAGGUGUUGGCGUGUGCUUGCCCUGCACUGCAAUUGAUAGUGAUCCUCCUUGUGAGGAGACGUAGAUAAGCUAAAUUGUGAAAGAUAUUGUGUUUAAAAAAGAUUUAGUUAAUAAUUAACUGCCUGUGGAGUGGUGGUGCACUAUUCUACUGUGCAGCAACAUCUUAAUGUGACCUUCCCUGUGUCACAAAUGUUCAAAGGAGCAUUUAAACUAGUUUCAUAAUAAUAAUGCUCAUAAUAAUUUUAAAAAACUAUCCUAUUUUAGCUGAACUAUCUAAUUAUCUACAGUUAGCCAAAGCUUUAAAGCUUCUUUCAAUAUAAUAGCAUAAUCUUAAAAUCCAUUAGUUAAACUGAUUUAGUUAAUUUAUUGUUAUGUUUUGUUUAAAAACCAAUAAAGCCAGGAACAAGAGUUUUAGGUAACAGAGUGCUUAUAGCUUACAGUAAACAACUGCUUGUAGAGCCAGUAUUAUGUAACGCUGUGAGUUUAAUGACCGUAACUUCUUUUUUAAACUUUCCUUCCUUAAACAAUCCCAUUUUAUAUCCUAAUCUGGGAUCUCAGUGGUGGAAUCACUUUUUAUAUAUAGACUUAAACAACUUUUAUCUUCGUUUUUGUCAGAACUGGCUGACGCUGAUACUGUAUGCUUUUUUUUUGGGGUGUUAUAUUGCAUUGUUACUUGUUACUGUUACUUCUCCUUCUGUUAGGCCUUAGUGCAUCACACCAUGUACUUUAUCUGAGAAAUCUAAUGUAUAUGAUAAGAGCACACCGUACAGUUAGUCAUCAACAACUACUUUAAUCCCAGGCCUGUCUAUAGAGUAUAGUAUCAUGCAAAAACAAAAAAAAACAUCUGCUUUAAGACUUGAACGUUAUAUUAUUUGAUUACUAAUGUGAAGCGUUUUGGGAAUACGGGAAACGAAUGAAUGUAUGGUAAAACUCCUGUGUUUCAGAGUUAAUCCCCACUAAAGUCUAUUCUAUGUGGUGUUCUUUUCCUCCAUGUUUUCUUCCUCUUAUUCUUCCUCUUGAUUUUCUUUAAUUUUUGAUCUGUAAUGCCUUGUCUAUAUAUUCUUCUCUGCUAGCAUUCCACAUUAGACGAGGAACGAAAACCCAAGCUCAUCUUACUCUGAGGUUCUGAGGUGAACUCAUCCACUCAUUUCAGCUUGUGUUAAGUUCCUCAGUGUUUUCAGUAAUGCUGCAUUUUUGCUUUUUUAUUUUUACAAGGCAUAUUGAUGCAGUUCUUUUUUUUUUUUAGACCCAGAGGGAUAAUUACAUAACAUUGUCACCCACAUCCUGCUCUGUGUUUAUAUGGCCUUAUGUAGACGGUGUCUCAUUUGGAAGUGUCACCAGUAGUCAUUUUGUUACUAUGAUAAUGACUGUGUGGAUCCCUCGUCCCUUGCCUUGCCUUCUAGAUGUGGGUUCAUUUCGUUUUCUUAUUAACUUUUUUUUUUCCUUUUUUGCCAAACUCUGUAUUGGUUGGUACAGAGAUAAUCCCAUGAUGAAUUUCAGAUAAAUAAAAUGACUAUGGUGUUUUACUUU